AUGGCCCUCAAAUUUAUUCGCCAGCUCUACUCGCUGGAUACCCUCGAUACACGCUUCAUUGUCCCGGCGACCGCACCCCCGAAAGAAGCGCUCGAGGAAGCCAAACUUGAUCCUGUUGGACCAGUACCGGUCAAAGAUGGUCGGGAUGGGAGUAAGAGCUCAGAAAAUAGAAGUCACCCCCCAUUAUGGAACACGCCGGAGUUCUAUUUCUACUACGUGGUCAUUCUGACUAGCGUGUUCUUCAUGUUCAAGUUGGUGCUGGAUGUGUCUCAAGAAUCUCAUCCAAACUAUCCAAAGUUUGACCAUCUACUAUCCGAUGGUUGGAUACCUGGACGCAAAGUGGACAACACUGAUGCUCAAUACGGCGGUUUCCGCCAGAACAUUCCCUACCUUUUCAUCGUUGUCCUGCUUCAUCCUAUGUUGCGUAAGGCCUAUGACCUGUUCUGGAGGGCGGACACGUAUACUCAAGUCCGGCCUUCGACAGGCAACGGAGGCCUUACCAUGGGCUUGACUCCCAGUGCUGCAGCAGAUGCUCGCAUGAACCAACGAAUUUCCUUCGACCUUGUCUUUGCUGCCGUUUUCCUCGCUGCUCUGCAUGGCUUUUCCGCGUUCAAGAUCCUCGCCAUUCUGUAUGCCAACUACUGUAUCGGAACCAAGCUUCCUCGACAGUAUGUACCAGCUGCCACAUGGAUCUUUAACGUCGGCACUCUGUUCGCGAAUGAGUUCUCAGAUGGCUAUUCAUACGCCACAAUCCUUGGCACUUUUCUCCCAUCGACAGUAUCCGAGAAAGGCCAGCCAGCGUCCAAUUUUGGCCACACCCUCGAUAGCUACGGCGGCUUAAUACCCCGGUGGGAAGUCCUCUUCAACUUUACCAUUCUCCGUUUGAUAAGCUUCAAUCUUGACUACUACUGGAGUUUAAACUCUCGUACUAGUAGUCCCCUCGAAAAGAAACAACUCGACCCUUCCAAUCUCUCCGAGCGGGAUCGAGUCACUAUACCUGCUAAACCUACUGACUAUACAUUCCGCAACUACUUCGCUUAUGCCAUGUACUCGCCUCUCUACCUUGCCGGGCCCAUCGUUACUUUUAACGAUUACAUCGCUCAAUGCCGGUACAGACCUCACAGCAUCACCACCAAACGAACCACUCUCUACCUCGUUCGCUUCAUCGUUGUCCUGCUCACCAUGGAAAUCAUGAUUCAUUACAUGUACAUGGUCGCCAUCUUCCACGCCAGACCUGAUUGGUCGCAGUACACACCAGCCCAGCUCAGUAUGUUGGGCUUCUUCAACCUGAAGCACAUUUGGCUCAAACUUCUCAUUCCAUGGCGCUUCUUCCGUCUCUGGUCGCUGAUCGACGGAAUUGAUCCUCCCGAGAACAUGGUCAGAUGCAUGUCUGACAACUACUCCGUCAUGCAUUUCUGGCGCGGGUGGCACCGCAGCUUCAACAAGUGGAGUCUGAGAUACCUCUAUAUUCCGCUGGGUGGAAGCAAGGGCGAAGGCCUGAUGGGCAAGGCAAGGUCAGUUGGAAAUUACCUGGCCGUGUUUACCUUCAUCGCGAUUUGGCACGAUAUCCAGCUUCGAUUACUGAUGUGGGGUUGGCUUGUCACAUUGUUCGUUCUUCCUGAGAUCAUCGCUUCGUACAUCUUCCCAGCGAGGAAGUGGAAGAAUAGUCCGGAUGCCUAUCGCUGGCUAUGCGGCGUUGGCGCUGUAUUUGAGAUCCUGAUGCUCAUGACGGCCAAUCUCGUUGGCUUCGCGCUAGGAGUAGAUGGUCUCAAGGACUUGGUUCGUGGCAUCGUGGGGACAUGGUCUGGUUGGAUGUUCCUUGCCACGGCUUGUGGCGCGUUGUUCACUGGUGUGCAGUUUAUGUUCGAGUGGAGAGAGAAAGAGAAGCGGAGGGGGAUCAAGAUGAAGUGUUAG